UGAUCUUACGCGUUUAUUUUGGGUGAAUGGGCCCCUUGCUGGCAGUGAAACCCUUCCAUCAUUUACGCGUUUAGUGGGAGCGAGAAGACGGCGAAGUAGGGGAGCGGCCGAGACGGCGAGCCGAUUCCACUCCUUCAGCACCAUCAAUCGGGCGCCGGAGCCGAGAGAUGAAGCGGCGUGCCACCAUGGACCCCCACCAGGAGCAGCCGGCGGAAAGCUACAAGAUCCAUGUGAAGAUGCUGAAAACAGUUGCCAUUGAUGUGAGCUGCACCGAUACAGUUGAUCAUAUUAAAACUAAAGUUAGUGCCAUUGAGGGGAUUGACAAAUGCUUGCAAGAGCUAUUCUUUUCUGGUAUUCACUUGAAGAAUGAUGACAAGCUUGCUGAUUACAACAUCAUGACAAACUCUUCUGUUGACCUUUUCGUCACUGAUGGGAUGCAAAUUUCUGUCAAGAUUCCCUCGGUUGGGAAGACCAUCAAUCUCAAUGUCAGGAAAUCCAACAAGGUGGCUGAUGUCAAAGCAGAGAUUGAACAAAAAGUGGGAAUUCUAAUGAACAACCAAAUCCUGAUGUAUGCAGGUCGACAGCUUGAGGACAAUCAGCUGUUAAGUCAGUGCGACUUGAGGAAUGAGCAGCCACUUCAUGUUUUGGUUAGCCCGGUUGACAAGCUGCGUAUUUUUGUCAAUGUUAGAGGUGAAAGAACUGUUAGUGUAAAUGUGAAAUGCUGGUAUACUGUUGCUGAUGUCAAGUUGAUGAUUGAGACAUCGGAGGACAUCAAAAGGCGUCAAAAUCCAUGAUCGCACUCAUCAGUUGGCGGAUUUGAAUGAAGAAGAAGGCCUAUGUGUUUAGAGGAAAGCUACCGAGCAAGGAGAACAUCAUCUUCGGACAUGUACGUGAGGAGUUGGCAUGCGUCUAGCCUUGCUUUCCUCUUUCUUUUUUCAUCUCUCCCCUUUAAACACCUUUAUCGCUCUCUCCUGCUAAAUGAAUGAAACACCAGCAAUUGCUGGCUAGUUCAAAAAAAAAGGCUCUUAACGGA